AUGAUGUAUUCAUCGUACCGUUCUUCCGUUGCAACACUAAAACCUUGUUACAUUGAACAAGACAACGGUUUAGCUUCCUUAAAAAACAUGGAUGUUUCCGGUCAUGCUAAUAGUUUUGUUACAAAAUCAAUGAAUAUGAUAACCAUGGGUUAUUCUUAUUCAAACAAAACUAGUUUCAGCAACAUGAACGUUUCUUCACCUAGAUCUGGUGGAAGAUUCUAUGAUACUAGAUUUGAAGAUCAACAACCGCACUUCCUUGAAGCUUGUUCUCUUUGUAGCAAACCACUUGGUCACAAUAAAGACAUCUUCAUGUAUAGGGGUGAUACACCUUUUUGUAGCGAAGAGUGUAGACAAGAGCAAAUAGAGAUAGAUGAAAUGAAGGAGAAGAAUAUGAAUCUUGCUUCGUCUAUGAAGGCUUUGAGGAAUAAGGAGCAAAGAAAAUCGAAUUCUUCAAAGGCUCAAGGACAGGAUUAUUCGUUUCUUACCGGGACAGUUAUUGCAGCAUAG